AGCAGCAGCGACGAGAGGAGAGGAGAGGAGAACGGGGAAGAGAAACCGUGGAAAGGCAGAAAGGGAGAAAGGCAGGCACGAGACAAAAAGAUCGAGACGAGAAAAGAUCGACGAAUGUGCGAGCAGAGGAGGAGCCGAAUUUGCCUUGUUUCGGGGCCUAGGGAAGCCAGCGCCUGUCCUCGCUCUACUGGCAAAGAAAACGAGCGAAAUCGAGGUGGAGAGACGGAGGAUUGAUUGCUGAUUUGUCUAUCUUGAAACAAAGAGGUGGACGGCGAGAGUAGCGGGAGAAUCCGGGAGGUGAUCGGAGACGAGGACGAGGAGGACGAGGACGAGGAAGUCGGAAGAGGAGACGGGAGGCGUGGAGAGGGAGGGAGGAAGAUUGCGCAAUGGCUUCUUGCGGAGGAAUCAUUGUGUCGGGAGAAAGGAGGAGAGAGGAAGCAUUAUGAACUGGUGUGGGAGAAGGGACGUCGGGAAGCGAGGAGCUUCGGAGAAGAGGUGUUAACCGCUUUGUGCGGUGCUGGUGGUAGAGGACGGGAUUACGGUUGGGAAUUCUUGGCGAGGGGAGACUGGACGAGAAUGGCUCACAGUUCCCCGAGCUAGCGACGAGGAUGGCAUUUUGACCCAAGGCCUGCAGUCUCGUUGCUUGCUUCUGACGACUGGCGAGAAAGAGAAAGAGAAAGAGAGAGGAGUGCGGGAGCGAGAGAGACUGAGAUGAGGGAGAGCAGGAGUUGAGGGAGGAAGGGAGGGAGGAAGGGAGGAAGGGAGGAAGGGAGGGAGGGAGAGUAGGGUUUGAUAAUUCCCCGAGGGUUCAAGCUGGCAUUUGUAAACCUGGCGUUCACGAGUACAGACACGAUGAUUGGGGAGAAUCUGGCCAUAAUGGCGCCCUUGCCAUUGCAGGCUUCUCCCACGGUGACGGGAGAAAUUUCGGCAGUUACUCCCGGGCGCGGACGCCGCAAGGAGGACCGCAUCCCGCAAUGGGGAUAUCAUGAGACCAAGGAAUUCAUCGCCAUCCGAGCCGAGCUCGAGAAAGAUUUCACGCAGACCAAGCGCAACAAGACGCUAUGGGAACUCAUCGCCGGCAAGAUGAAGGAGAAGGGCUUCCGUCGCAGCGCCGACCAAUGCAAGUGCAAGUGGAAGAAUCUGGUGAACCGCUACAAGGGUUUUGAUGAGGCGUCCGACUUCUCUCCACUCUCCCAGUUGUCAGCACGGGUUGAUGAUGAACUGGCGAGUGAACAUUGUGUCAUCGGCAAAGAGACGUCUGAGCCGGACAACGGCCGCCAGUGCGCUUUCUUUGAGGAGCUGGAUGCGAUUUUCAAAGAACGUGCCAAGAACAUGGACAGGCUUCUGCUGGAAUCCGAGUCGGGGUCGAGGCCGAAGAAGAAAGCCAAGCGCGUGAAGCGCAUUCUGGGCGGGGUGAAAUCGUCGGACGACGACACGGAGGACGAGGAGGACGAGGAGGCCGACAGCGAAGACGAGCGCAUUGUGAGACGGAAGAAGCGGAAGGCCGACAAGGAGAGGCAGCGGGUGACGGCCGAGAAGUACCGCGCCAACAGCAUGCAGGAGGUUCUCGAGGACUUUUUCCAGCAGCAGCAGCGGGUGGAGGAUCAGUGGAGGGAGGGCGUCGAGAGGAGAGAGCACGAGAGGCGGAUGAGGGAGCAGGAGUGGCGGGAGGCCAUGGAGAAGCUCGAGCAGGAGCGCCUCCUCCGAGAGCAGGAGUGGCGAGAACGGGAAGACCAGAGGCGUGCGCGAGAAGAGGCUCGGGCCGAGAAGAGAGACGAUCUCUUCGCCGCACUCAUAAGCAAGCUCACCCAGCACGAUGGCUGAUGCCUCCCCCUCCCCUCCUCCCUCCCUCCACACACGUUAGCACCACCACGAGACCCGCGCGUCUCCAUCAUUUUGGCGGAAUUUGACAGCAGAAGUACUCGACCAGAUGUUGUUCCCAGCCAGUUUCGGGCCACCGUUCGACGAGCAGUGCUACGACCCUCCUUGAACGAAGUUCCAAGUCGUUAAGGCGCAAGGCUACAAUAAUCUUCGUGGAGUGAUUCUAAAUUUACUUUAAGCAAUUGUACAGAGCACACUGAAUCUGAGCUAUAGUGGGAUUCGAUCCUGACGUAAGAAGAAGAAGCUGAAGAUGAAGAGGAAGAACCGGCAUUCGAUGAUUGUAGUAAAUUAUCAGACUCGGGAUGUGAUUUGAAAAUCCCCGGAUCACCGUCAUCCCAAUAAAAUUCAAAGUCAGUUCACAGAUGAUUAUUCUUUCUUAUGAGAAAAUGAGCGUCGAGGAUCAUUCUGUGGGACUAUGAUGCAACAAAGAAUG